CAGAGGACGGCGGGAGGAGGCAGCGGUGGGUGCAAAUCAGGGCGAUGACAAAGCACAUAACACGACUUUGGGGCCCGACCGCACGACCGGAGCAUCACCUGUGCUCGCUGACUUGGCGUCCACAACGUGGCCGAUUGGCGUCUGACCAUCCGGGCGUGAAUUUUGUCCUACGGCGGCUCCUUGUGAGUGUCUUCAUUGUUUGAGACUGAAUUUCGUGUUCUAUAAACAGCUCGAAGCGCAUCGACAACUGUGGCUCUCCCUGCCCACGUGCAGUGAAAAUGACAGUUUGUGCAAUGCCUGACAUUGCUUUGUGCAAAAUUAACCGCAUGUACUUAACAUGAUAUCCACCCAUGUCGCUGAUGAUGCUUAUGUGUCCUCACGUUGACGGGGUGGGCCCAAAGCCCACCUGAAGUCACAUCUCGCUCGUGCCCUCAUUUCCUGCGGUGGCAGCGGGAGCGACGCGGAGGAUGAGGAUGUCGCAGAAGAAAAUCUUGCUGGCCUUCAGCGCCGUCACGACGGUGACUCUGCUGAUGCGCUGCGGCGGCCGUUGGAGCCGGACCGCAGACCGUCUUCGGUCCGACUGCCCCGCCCUUCGCCCCCAUCCCGCCGCGGGUCCGAAGGCCAAGCACACCAACGUGGCCUUCCUGAAAACCCACAAGACCGCCAGCAGCACCGUGCAGAACCUUCUGUUCCGCUUCGCCGAGCGCAACAACCUGACGGUGGCGCUGCCCACGCAGGCGUGCGGCCACCAGUUCUGCUACCCGAGACCCUUCGACGGCCACUUCGUACACCCGCACACGCUGCCGCCCAACGUCAUCGGCAACCACAUGCGCUACGACGCCGCCGAGCUGCGCCGCCUCAUGCCCAACGACACGCGCUACGUCACCAUCCUGAGGGAACCCGCUGCCAUGUUUGAGUCCCUGUUCAGUUACUACAACCAGCACUGUAAAACCUUCAAGAGAGUCCCCAAGGGCUCGCUGGACGCCUUCUUGGAGCGGCCUUGGCGCUACUAUCGCCCGGAAGACCAGGGCUCCAUGUACGCCCGCAACACGCUGACCUUUGACCUCGGGGGCGACAAGGACCACCCCGCGACGGACGCGGCGUACGCGCGCUCCUUCGCAGCUGAGGUGGAGCGAGUCUUCUCCUUGGUGAUGAUCGCCGAGCACUUUGACGAGUCGCUGGUUCUCCUGCGUCACAUCCUCUCCUGGGACCUGGACGACGUGGUCUACGUGAAGCUCAACGUGCGCGCGCCCGCUUCCAAGCGCCGCCUGACUCCAGGCCUCGCGGGAAAAAUCCGCACGUGGAAUUGGAUAGACGCGCACCUCUACGAUCACUUCAACGCUUCGCUGUGGCGCCGGCUGGCGGCUCUGGGUUCGGCCUGCGUGGACCGGGAGGUCCGCCUGCUGCGUGUCGCCAAAGAGAGGCUGCUGCACGGCUGCUUUGGCGGCCGGCGGCCUCUUCUCCGAUUAGCGGGGCAGAUCCAGAACAAGGACCUGCGGCCCUGGCAGCCCAGCGCCAAAGUCGGCAUCAUGGGCUACGACCUCCCCGCCAAUCUGAGCAGCGGGUUCUCGAGCUCCGCAAGAGAACUCUGCCUGAAGCUCGUCGUGGCCGAGGUCCAGUACACGAGGAUUCUGCUGCGCUCACAAUCCAUUCGGUACCACCGGCCACGACUCUCGCUGCACUCGCGCCCGGUUCCGGAUGCUCCUACAGGCCCGACCACCGCGUCAGGACUAAGAUCUCUGUACGACCGGGCCUCGUAACGCAGGGGUUCUCAAACUUUGAAGGUCCAGGUACCGCUCGCGGGAUCCGCUUUAUUCGUGUCGGUUAGAUUGACCCGAAGCGUAAAGGAAUAAUGAAUUUAUUGUGUUUGUUUUUUAUUACACGCACACGCACGCGCGCAUUAUCGCACACCCCUCACAUUUUUGGAAUUUUGUAAAAUAUCUUUUAAUGGGACAACAUUGAAGUAGUGAAAUGACGCUUCGCUACAAUGUGGUCAGCGUAAAGCGUCGAUAACCGUAAAUAAACAGCCAUUCAUGAAUCAACCGCAGGCAACAAAAGUGAGGCCACCCCUAGGAGAAAAUGUCCAAAUUGGGCCCAAAGUGUCAAGAUUUGGAUUGGCCAAUGUUUUCCGGCACAUUCACGGCCGUUUGUUAACGUUAUUUUGUGGGGACAGGGAAUUGUCCUUUCGUCAGUGUUGUCCCAUGAAAUGUUUAUUUCUUUAUUUUUUUAAAUUACAAAAUUCUGAGGGGUGGACUCACUUUGUGAGACACUGUACAUACAUAUAUAUACACACAUAUUGUAAAUUCAUAAAACAAAGUCUAUUUUUGAUGGGGAAAAGCACACAAACACGUUUCGAAACUGUGAACAUUUCAUUUCCGUUGAACGGAUGAGACUUAACGUGAAGUCGAUCUUUGUAUGUCGUCGCCAACGGCUGCUUUAUUUCUCAGGUUCGGUCCACAAAAACAAGGACCCAUUGAUGCAAUCAUUCUUGCAUCAAUGGUUUGUACUGAAUGUCAUGAUUUAUUUGAAAGGUAAGCACGUUGUACGAGCUGGACUGCGCGCGCUGACCCAAAUCGACUGACAACUGUGAUGAGAAAUAAAAGAGAAAUUCUAAA